UCAGAGCUUUGGGCCGUAUUCCCGGCGCUCGCUCGUGCAAUAGCCUUCCGCGGCGACGCAGCGACCGGAUCACACGGAGGUGCAGCGCGGGAUUUGAGGAAGCAUGGAUAUUGAUGCCUCUGAAGAAGAUCCUGAAAUGAAGAAAUCUUCUGCUGUCUGUGUUGGCAGAGAAGAAGACAUUAAAAAAUCUGAAAGAAUGACAGCUAUUGUUCAUGAUAGAGAAGUGGUCAUUUUCUACCACAAAGGAGAAUAUCAUGCUAUGGAUAUUCGCUGUUACCACUCAGGAGGACCUUUACAUUUGGGAGACAUAGAGGAAUUUGAUGGACGACCAUGUAUAGUUUGCCCCUGGCAUAAAUACAAAAUUACUCUGGCAACAGGAGAAGGACUGUAUCAGUCUAUAGACCCUAAAGACCCAGCAGCAAAACCCAAGUGGUGCUCCAAAGGAAUAAAGCAAAGGAUCCAUACAGUGACAGUGGACAAUGGGAAUAUCUAUGUGACUCUUUCUAAUGAGCCUUUUAAGUGUGACUCGGAUUUUUAUGCCACUGGAGUCUUCAAAGUAAUUAAAACUUCUUCCUAAUAAAGUUUUCUAGCAAUUAAAAA